CUACUCUAAUCCUCUACAAUGGACUGCCACCUUUGGUGUUUCUACAAUACGUCCUAUCUUAAGAGUGAGAGUAAGGACUAUUGUAUCCCAUAACAAUUACAGACCUACAACUCGUGAUAAUGAUAUUGCAGUUGUACAACUUGAAAGACCUAUCACCUUUAACAGAAAUAUCCAUAGGGUGUGUCUCCCGGCUGCGACCCAAAGUAUCAUACCUGGUUCUGUUGCAUACGUCACAGGAUGGGGGUCACUCACGUAUGGAGGCAACACAGUCACCGAUCUACGGCAAGGACAGGUCAGAAUAAUAAGUACCGAUGAGUGCAAUGAACCAGCUGGUUAUAGUGGAAGCGUCUUGCCUGGAAUGCUCUGUGCUGGAGUGCCUUCAGGUGCCGUGGAUGCAUGCCAAGGUGAUUCUGGUGGCCCACUAGUACAAGAAGACUCACGGAGGCUUUGGUUUGUUGUGGGGAUUGUGAGUUGGGGAUAUCAGUGCGGCCUGCCAAAUAAGCCAGGAGUGUAUACUCGAGUGACAACCUACCGCGACUGGAUUCGACAGCAAACUGGAGUGUAG